CGGACACCACCUGAUAAGCUCGCUCCCGCCGUUCCCUCCACAUUCAAGGUGCGGCAGAGCAACAGGUGCGCAAGGCCAUAGAAACCCACAUUUAAAAUAUUUUUUACAAAUUAUUUUCACACUCACGGAUAACUGGAUUUAUUUCAACAUAAAACAGUCCGUUAAUAACUUUGAGUUUGGAUCUAGAUUUUGAUAUUUUGAGCAGCAAGACGGUCUCUUGCCUGUUUCUGAAACCGCCCCGUCGUCAUCGUCGAAGAAAAUGGCCAACUCCGGUUUGCAGAUGUUGGGAUUCGUCCUGGCGCUUCUCGGCUUGAUCGGCUUGGUCGUGGGCACCAUUUUACCCCAGUGGAAGAUGUCGGCCUACGUGGGGGACAACAUCAUCACCGCGGUGGCCAUGUACGAAGGCCUCUGGAUGUCCUGCGCCUUCCAGAGCACGGGCCAGAUCCAGUGCAAGGUCUACGACUCCAUCCUCCAACUCAAUGGCGCCCUGCAGGCGACGCGAGCCCUCAUGGUCGUCAGCAUUAUCGUAACGGUGGCCGGUUUGGGCGCGGCCUGCAUGGGGAUGAAGUGCACCAACUGCGGCGGGGACGACAAGACCCGGAAGUCUCGCAUUGCCAUGGGAGGCGGCAUUAUCCUUCUGAUUGGCGCUUUGUGCUCCAUUGUGGCCUGCUCUUGGUACGCUCACGACAUCAUCCAAGCCUUCUACAACCCUUUCACCCCAGUCAACACCAAGUAUGAGUUUGGGUCGGCCAUCUUCAUCGCCUGGGCUGGGGCCUUCCUGGUCGUAAUCGGGGGCGGCAUGCUGGCAGCGUCGUGCCCGAGAGGUAAACCUACACCAAAGUACCCCAUCUCCAGACCUCCCAGCAGUACCAAGGAAUACGUUUGAACGGGAUGAGCAUCAAAGUUUGAAGGCGUUUGUAACCCUUUACAUGCAGCGAGCAUAAUUCGACUCCGAAGUUAAAAGAAAAAAAAAGACGAUGCAAGUUUUUUUUUUUUUUUUUAAAGUUUAUUCAGGGCAAUGCUUAGAUGUUACUGCAAUAUUUUAACCACGUUAAAGUGUUGACAAUGUACCGUCUGGAACUUUAUUGUCAAAUCUUCGACAUGUAUACUGUAUUUAAAGCUUGAGCACAAAUUUUGAUAUGCAAGUUCAAAAAGCCCUGCUGCAAUCCCAUUGGCCAUGCUCAGAAGUAGACGCCAUGUUUGUGUUCGUUGACCCGUCCUUUAGAAUGUAUCAUGUUUAGUGAACAGAUCGAGCAGGCAACUUUCAGGCUAAAUGUUCAGAAAAGUCAUUCUGGCACCUGAGAAGCAAGAUUACUGUCCGUUUGUGCCUUUUUAUUUAUACAAACAAAUGAUUCAAGUACCACAGUUGACUGCUUCAAUCAAGCGCCAGAGUGAAAUUAUUUAAUGUACAAUAUUGAUUCCUUUCAGCAAAAUUGCCAAUAUUUGUCCUAGCAGCACAUCACAGGCUGUUUGGAGAGAUCAUUCCUGUAUGUUAAUGGGUUAUACUUGUACACUUCUUUUUUAGAAUGGAUUUUUUUUUUUUAAAUUUGUGAUGUUUGUUGUACAUAAGCGAUAAUUACAUUUGAACUGUUUUGACUUUUAAUAAAAGAGGCAUGGAAACAUCCUAAAUACAA